AUGGCUUAUUGUUUUUACACCCAAGGAGAAACACCCGGUGGUGUUCCAGAAACUGGGAACAUCCCGGGCUGGGACAGGGAACAGGGCGAGGAGGGGGAGAGGAGGGUGCUGGCUGCCGAGACAAAGGCACAGAUGCCUGGGGAGUGGGAAGGUAUUGGUUUCUCUCUCUUUCUCUCUUCUCUCUCACUAAGCCAUAUGUCUUCUAGAGUUUGGACAGUCAGUCAACCACGAAAAAGUUGGUAGCACAUCUGUCUGUCUAGUGGAACAGUGUAAGUUCAACAGAUGUCAUCAGACUGUGGACAUACUGCUUCUCUCUGGCUGACGGCCAUCUCUCCCAUUUAACCCCUGCCGCCCGACCAAACCCAGAUGAGGGGGGUAGCGGGCUGGAUUACAGGCUGUUUAUAAACCCUGUGAUAUUUUAUGUAGGCUAGAAAGAGUGGAGUUAUGAUUGGCCCUGCCAGUUUAGCAGGGCAGGCAGACUGCUCGGUUCCCAGCACUACUCUGAUUUAAAGGGAUACUGUGAGAUUCUGGCAAUUAAGACGUUUUUCUACUUACCCCAGAGUCAAAUGAGCAUGCUUACUACUUUUCUACUUCCUGCAGGUACAUGUAGACUUCCAGUCUUUUUUUUUUUUUUAGGGGUAGAUCAGCUUUAAUAUUGCAGAUAGAUUGUAAUUUCCAGUCUUUGUGCUAACGCUAGUUAGCAUUAGCUCGCGAAACUACCUCUAACUUACAGUACCAGUCAAAGGUUUGGACACCUACUCAUUCCAGGGUUUUUCUUUAUUUUUACUAUUUUCUACAUUUGUAGGAUAAUAGUUAAGACAUCAAAACUAUGAAAUAACACAUAUGGAAUCAUGUAGUAACCCAAAAAGUAUUUUAUAUUUGAGAUUCUUCAAAGUAGCCACCGUUUGCCUUGAUGACAGCUUUGCACAUUCUUGGCAUUCUCUCAACCAGGAUUAAGUUCUAGUGUUCUUGGAAUAGAACUGUGGCAUCAGUAUCAUGCCUGUGUUUGUUAUUAACAUGUCAUGAAAUGUUAUGAAUCUACACUAGCAUACACUAGGCUAUUUUCUGUAUUUAAUUACAAGGCUAACUUGUGUGUUGAUCUCCCUCACCAAUGCUUGGUAUUGCUUAAUGAUGUUUAUUGGUUUAUUGAAGGAUGGCUAUUCAUUAUGACGGUACAAUAACACACCCAUAACAUAUGCAAUGUAUUUUUCACAACUCUCUUACCGACCCAUUAACAAUCGCACUUAGUCUGGCCUGUCAUGUUCACUUUAACAUCUCAACCCCCCUCCGUCACCCCUCUCCCUUAUCCCCCCCCCCCAUCUCUCCAUCCUGUCAUCUCCCAUCCCCUCAUCCUUUCAUCUCAUCUCCUCAUCCCCUCAUCCUGUCAUCCUGUCAUCCCCUCAUCCUGUCAUCUCCCCAUCCCCUCAUGUCCCCAUCCUCUCAUCUCCCCAUCCCCUCAUCCUGUCAUCUCCCCAUCCCCUCAUCCUGUCAUCUCCCCAUCCCCUCAUCCUGUCAUCUCCUCAUCCCCUCAUCCUGUCAUCUCCUCAUCCCCUCAUCCUGUCAUCCCCUCAUCCUGUCAUCUCCUCAUCCCCUCAUCUCCUCAUCCUGUCAUCUCCUCAUCUCCUCAUCCUGUCAUCUCCUCAUCCUGUCAUCUCCUCAUCCUGUCAUCUCCCCAAUCCGUGUCAUCCCCCCAUCCUGUCAUCUCCCCCCUCCUGUCAUCCCCUCAUCCAUGUCAUCUCACCCCCCCCCCCCUUACCUCCCCAUAUCAUAACCACUAGACUGCUCUCUGUGUGUGUGUGCCCAUACAUUACAUCUUUAUUAUCCCCUGUAGCUCAGUUGGUAGAGCAUGGCGCUUGCAACGCCAGGGUUGUGGGUUCGAUUCCCACGGGGGGCCAGUAUGAAAAAAUGUAUGCACUCACUAACUGUAAGUCGCUCUGGAUAAGAGCGUCUGCUAAAUGACAAAAAAAAAUCAAACAUGUAUCACUGUGCUAAUGUGUGUUGGUGAAAUCUACAAUAUUUAAUAAAGAUAUGAGGGACUGCAAUUAUGAGUUGUCCAAAGGGACGGCCUGGUAGCAUUGUCUAGUUCUCUCUCACACACCAAGGUGACCAGAAAUUGGGGGAGUCCAGCAAAGCAGGGAGUGGGUGGUUCUGGGUAAAGUGAGUCAGGGAUUUAUAUGUAAUCCAGUAAUGACAUCAUAUUAAUUUAAUCAGAACAAUAAUUUAGGUUCUCCUUCUCUGUUCUAUCAACCUCCCUGCUCUCUCUAUAAUAAUUAUUUGUUUGAACCACGUGUGUGUAUGUGUCGGGAGUACAGUGGGGUGGAUUAAGAGAUGUAUCCAUAGCGUUGGUGAAUUCACGCCAAUUAAAAUAGACAAAUGGCGACGUUUUCCUUCAGCGUGUCUGUUAUCUGUCAGAGACAUGGCGCCGGUUACCUCAACAGAAAACAAAGAGCCUGCUGGAUCAUGUUAAUGAGCUGACCAGUAGAUCACGGUCAGACAGGGGGAGUGUGAGUUGAGGAAUGGUUUUGAGGCAUGCCCAGUGAAUCUGAAAUUGCACCAUAUUACAGUGCCAUAUUACCAAUGUAGGCUUAGUGCUUUGGGCCAGAGCCGUAUAUGAUGCCAUUUCGGACACAGCCCCGUUAUCUGUUUGUUGUUAUUGUUGUUGUGCUUUCAUGCCCAGUGAUAUUUUCUGUUUGUUGUUUUAACAGGAAGUCAGAGGAGGAAGUGGACAUGGACAAGGUGACAGCUGCCAUGGUUCUGACCAGCCUGUCCAGCAGUCCUCUGGUCAGGAGCCCCCCUGUCAAAGUCAGCGGUAAGUCGACAAAACAUGGUUUUAUAUCAUUUAUUCAUGUAUCCUCUUUUUAUACGGGUGAUCACAUUGAGAUUAAGAGUCUCUUUUACAAGGGAGUUUCUUCCCAAGACGGCAACAAUCAAACAUUUGAUCAAACAAAUAUUUGCGGAGAGGUGAUCAUGAUAGCUAGCGUCUGUACGUGUCGUUUUGCGCACUCUGAACAAACUGACAAUGGAAGUUGUUUUUGGGGAACCAUUUACUGUUUCAUAUGCAUAUCCCCUUGCUGAGGUCACGUCAUGAUGAUUUUAUAGCCUUUUUAACUUGCUGAUUAUCUCUAUAUGUAAAGUGACUUUGGGCGUCUUGAAAAGCGCUUAAAAUAAAGUAUUAUUAUUAAAACUACUGCAUACAUUGAAAGUUGAUGCAGCUGGAAAUCACUAUGCGUUUGAGUUGUUAGAUACAUGUGUUUCUGAAUCGUAUGAUGUCAUCCCAGUGACAAUUGUUGCUUAGAGGACUCCUAAAUAGUUGAGUACUAAGUUUGAGUACUUUUCUGACAUUCUCUCUCUCUCUCCCCCCUCCAGAGGGUCUGAAUGGCUCGUGGAAGGACAGUGGUGGAGGCUUCACCCCCUCCAGUUACAGCAGUAGUGGCUAUUGGAGCUGGAGCGGUCCUAGUGACCAGUCCAACCCGUCCACCCCCUCCCCACCGCUCUCCGCAGACAGCUUCAAGCCCUUCCGCAUGUCCAGCGUCAACGGCCCACCCCCUGACGACGCCAUCGACGAACAGGAUGGCAGCAGCCUGCUCUUCGACGAGCCAAUCCCACGCAAGCGCAAGGUGGGUAGACCGAUAGAUUUCAUUUAACCAUUUAAAUAUACAAUUCUAGCCACACAAGUGGAUACACUCGAUAACCCAUAGGAUAACCCGAAAACAUUAAACAACAUAUUGCUGUUAUGGUCCUCUGAGGACACACAGAACCAACACUAGAUUAGAUUAAUGUUUUGAUCAAUUCUGACUGUUGUUCAUUUUGAAUUGGUAGUAGGUUGAUUUAAGAAGGGGUUGUAUUGCAGUAUCAAUGAUCUUGGCAAGACAAAGAGGAUGUCCCAAAAGAAGGCAGUUCCUGCACUUGUUUUGGAAAUGUUGCUAACUAGCUACUGUAACACCUCCUUCCUGAACUCAAAGUGACAUUGGAAGAUGACAUGCUGACUGAGGUAGAAUUUGAGACAGUGUGAAAAUGACAGAUUGAUCCUUAGACACGUGGCGAUGCCUGACGUCGUCUCUGAACCACCACGUAGCACAAACACCACUAGAGGAGAGCAUGAAAACUAAUUGGGCGGACACAACAUGUUAUGGCCACUUAGAGUAGCCCAACAAUCCACUGCUUAAUGCUUCAACUCUCAUUUAUUUACACCGUUGACGGCCACCAUUCUGUCACUCUCCUCGUUUACGUGAAUUAAUGGCUGAAUAUUCCCUCCUUUAUAUUUUUCCCUCUUUUUUUGUCUCUCAUUCUUAUCAGGGGAGCAGAAUUCUUGGAUGGUGAAGCUCUGUUCUGUUGUCUAGCUGUCAAUUCCCAGCCUCUACUGAGACACACACACACACACGCCUCCCUGCCACAUUCACACACGCCUGCCCGCCCUGCGCCUCCAGUCAUUUAUCCUGCUUAAUUACUUUACAGCCACACAUGAGCCCAUCUAACAUUGAAAUGAUGAUUGUAAUAUCUUCACUGGCAAACAUGAAGAUUGACCAUCCAUCCUCUCAUUCUUUAGAAUCCAGUAUCCAAUUAAGAGAUGAGCGGUGCCGUGCGUCUCCCAUCAGAUCAAUAGGAUAUACAGACAGAAAGAGAGAGAGAGAGAAUGGUAGAGGGGCAGAUAUAUUGAGAAAGGGGUAGAGAGAUGAAGACAGGAGGAGUCUACAUCAGAGUAUAGUUGGAUUUGAGGACAGCCAUGCAACAGUGCAAUAAAAUUAAUCCAGAUUUGCUUUUAAAGGAGUAUUCUGUAAGAGUCUGCUGAUCUCUUAAUUUAAGACUAGUCUAUUCUAUUACAUCACUGUCUAUAUGUUGUCAUUAAUAAUUAACAUUAAUAAGAAAACUAUCCACCACAGGCACAGAACCUCUACUGGAGGCACUGAACGUGUCUGUCUGGUGUCUCCUCCUCAGUGUAUCUCACUGAGUUAUGUUUGAAUUCUUAAGUUCCUCUUUCAACUUCUGAGUCUCCAACUCUCCAUAUUGGCUUCAGAGACGAGUUUAGUUUUUAUUGUUCCCCAUCUUUUCAGAACACUUCCCCCAGGUUGCAUGAGAAAUCAUCACCCACGCCAACUGGAGCCAAAUGUUGCUCUUCUCUUCCUCCUCUGAGCCAAAGACAAUGAUGUUCGUUCACCAGUCUCUCUCUUUUAAUUAACUGUGCGCUGCUGGCAUGUGGAACUGCACAGGGGUUUUGUUACCCAAGGACCAACACACAUACACACACACACACACACACACACACUCACACACACACAUUCACAAGCAGGAGAUGAUGACGAGUGUAUUAUUUGGCAGCAGGAAGAAAAAAUGAAAAACAUCUUCUGUUGUAAAUUAAAUGAAUGCCCUGAACAAUGGCCAAAUAGAUGGCCACAUGACAUCCAUCAUAAAGAACUGUGACGAGGGAUCAGAGCAUUAAGACACGUCUAUCCUCAUAAGGCCUGACGGCUUUCAACUUGAGACACACACACACACACACACACACACACACACACACACACACACACACACAAUCUGAAAGGCUGCUGCUCGGAAGCAAUUGCUCUCGGAGGGCCAUGCUGUAAUUACAGAGGACAGAUAGUGUGAAAAAUGGCACAGCUGUGUGUGUGUUUUUAAUGCGCGUAUUGUGUAAGACAAAUGGCACAGCAAAGAGCAGGCCCCCUUCUCCUCCUUCGCUCUCCUCUCACCACCACGCAAAUUACACCAGCCUCCAGUUUGCCUCUCCUCAGACUGAAUGGGGAAGAUUGGGGCAGACAGGUGGGUGGGUGUCCCUGGCCACAUGUUAGUUUGACUAAUGGAGGAUGGGAUGAAUGGCAGAGCUCUUACCACUCUGUUCCACCCUUUCUCUGUGAGGGAGGGAGGGAGCUACAUUGACACUCCCACAAAACCCACAUACAUUCACAUACACACACACACACACACACACGUACACACACACACAUACACACUACGCACACACACACCUUUUCAUCAUUUGCUGCUGCUACUCUGUUUUUAAAAUUUUACUCUUAUUAUUAUCUAUCCUGAUGCCUAGUAACUUUACCCUGCCUUCAUGUACAUAUCUACCUCAAAUACCUGGUACCCCUUCACGUUGAUCUGGUACUGAUACUCCCUGUAUAUAGCUCCAUUAUUGUGUAUUUUAUUCAUCUUGUGCUACUAUUUCACGGUAAAGCCUACACCAGUUGUAUUCGGCGCAUGUGACAAAUAAAAUGUGAUUUUGAGUGAGUGAGAAAAGGGUGAAGUGUCCGAUGUUGAAUGUUGUUCUCUGUCUGUCUCUCCUCCUGUGUGUAAUGUACAGAACUCCAUGAAAGUGAUGUUUAAGUGUCUGUGGAAGAACUGUGGGAAGGUUCUGAGCACGGCUGCUGGGAUACAGAGACACAUCCGGACCGUUCACCUGGGGUAAGACGCACACUAAUAUAUAUAUACACAUGGCACUCAUUCUCUCCCUUACACCUUUUUUUUACUCUUGCUCUCUCUUUUAUCCUCUCUCUAACACACACACACACACACACACACACACAGCCCUGGCUGGCAGUGGUCCAGCUGAACCUUUGUCAACCUCCUUUCACUGGGAUUGUCAAAACACAACAGCAGAUUAAUCCCUGUGGGAUUAUCACCACGGUAACAAUUCCUCCACUUGGCUCAGCGUGACAGGCCAGGGAGAAAUGAGGACGGAACAGAACAACGUUAUCACACAGAUAACACGUUUACACUGACAGUCAAUUAAAGCACAAUAAUAACCACAGUGAUACUCACAACAGAGACACCUUUAAAGACCGCCACCCCUCUUCCCUGACAGACAGAACAGUGUUUGAGGAGUGUUUGUUUGCCAGGCCUGUGAUAGUGAAGUCUACUGUCUGUGCUGCAAUGGGGGUGACAUGAUGACACCUUUCAGAGCCAGCCCUCCCAAGUCGAUCCCUGAUGAAGCUUGCCCAUAGAGAAUGAUGGAGGCCUCUAGUGGCCAAAAGGCCGUAUUUAUCAUGGGCAGCACCUUUUGAGGGCUUCCAACAUUUUAAUGUAGUCAACUGGAUGGAACUUCCAACUUCAUUGGCUGAUCACUCCUGGUGACCCUGUUGGAGUCACGGGGUCAUGAGGAGGGAUCAGCCAAUCGUGACAAAAAAUGUAUUACUUCAAAAUGGGAAAAAAAAUAAUCUAUCUCUAUGAACUUGCUUUUUGAAUAUGAUCAAAUUCGGUAGUUCAUAUUAUUAGUCAUGGGACCAACAAUCUGGUCCAAUCAUAAUUCCUCUGUAAUGACAAGAGCAGGGCUCAUCUAAUCCAAAUCCAUGCUGAUAUUAACUCCUAGUUUUAACUCCUUCCUCUCCCCCAGGCGUAACUGUGACUCUGACUGCAGUGACGGAGAGGAGGAUUUCUACUACUCAGAGAUCAAACUCAACACAGACUCAGUGGCUGACGGUCUGAGCAGCCUGUCCCCCGUCUCCCCCUCCGUGCUCUCCCCCAUCUCUCCCCCCCAUGACCACCACAGACGACCCCCUGCAGAGAGCAGCAACGGGACCAAUGGGAACAAGGAGAAUCACAGCCACACCCACUCCAACACCACGCCCCUCAGUCGCUCCGCCCCCAGCGCCCUCUACCUCAUCCACGCAGAGCACGCCUACCAGGUGAGACGCACCCACAAAACUACUGGCCAUGCCUUCUGAACUCGUAAGUAGCAAAGUGCUUACAGUAUUUGCAAUUUGCAAUACAAUUUCAUUGAUUGAGUGCUUGACUGAUGGUUGGUUGGUUAAUUGAUUGAUUGACUUGUUGGUUGAUUGGUUAAUUGAUUGAUUUGUUAAUUGACUGACUGUGUGGGUGCUACACACUGGUCUUUAAAGGUGAGACUGACUUGUGGAUGUCCCUCCCCUCCCCAGGCCACAGCUCCAGUCACCAUCCCCUCCUCAGGCUCUGGGUCUGUCCCUGGCCCAGGCUCUGCUGCCUCCACCUCCUUCACCCCCAGCAGCAGCUCCACCUUCAGCAUCUCCUGGCAGUCACCUCCUGUCACUUUCACUGGCACCGCUGUGAGUAGAGGAAACACACACAAACUCACACAGGGAUUCACACACUCCUACAAAUACACACACACUCAGCCUCUCAAGCAUACCAGUGGUUUUCUGUUGUUUUGUGUCUGUAUAUAAAUGAAUGUUCUCUGUCUAUCUCUGUGUUCUGAUGGCUCUGGUCCUGUUCUGUUUACCUCUCUCCAGGCCUCUCCCACCCACAGUCGGACGCAGAGCUUUGGGGAGCAGCGGUCCCAGACAAUAGCAGUCCUCUCCUCCCCUCCCAGAGCCACUGGCUCACUCAGGUACCAAUGACUUCUACCAGCUGAACCUUUACUGAUAACCUCUGUACUUUGGGCGUCCUGAAGUCACAGGAAGCCCAUGUAUCCAUAUUCAGAGAUGGCAACCAUGUCUUGCAUAGGAAUGAAGCAAAUUACCAGAUAACAAUUUAAUAUGUUUUCACCACUUGUAUAAACUAUAUAUCAAUGAUCACCAUUUUGGAUGUUGUUUUCUUUAGCAUUAUAAACCAGUCAGUGUUAACAAACAUAUUUGACCAUAUCCUCAUCUCUCCCCUCUCCAGCCGUAAGUCCCGUGGCGAGGGUAAGAAGUGUCGUAAAGUGUAUGGAAUGGAGAACAGGGACAUGUGGUGCACUGCCUGCCGAUGGAAGAAAGCAUGCCAGAGGUUUACAGACUGAUUUACCGAAUGAACCAACCAACCGACCAACCGUGAGGGUUGCCCGUCGCCGUGCAAACCAGGGGUGUUCCUUUCUGUUCCCUUCCUACACAUGCGUUGUCACUCCCAAACCAACGUUGUCACACCCCUCGACAGUCCUUGGUCCACCCCGACCCCUGACCAACCCACCCCAGCAGGACCAAGGGGGUGGAGCCUCCUACUGUUCAGAGUAUAUCCCAAGCUAACUCCAGCUCCCUCCCAAGACUUCCAACCUGGGAGCCAACACGCAGUUCCAGCUCUACAGCGCAACAACAACACAAAAAUAACCCCUGACCUAAUCGUCAAGUCAGCCAUGAAGGGACCAGAAAAGAGGCUAAUUUUGUCCCAAAACGUUUCAAUGUUGUUGGGGUUUUUUACAGAGAAGAAUUUGCUUUUUUUUACUUUGUGAGAAGGCCAUAAUAAAAAGAGAGCAGGGGAGAGAUCCUUGUUUCCCAUAUAGACUCCUCCUUUCCCCACUCGCGCACGCGCUCUCUCUGUUCUAGCCUGCUUCUUCUACUUGGUCCUCUGGAUCUCUACAACCACAGACCCCCUCUCUUCCCCGUCCUCACCCCAGGGAAUGUAUCUUAUGUCUGGACUCGGCAGGGGGAGAGGGAAGGGUGGCUAGCACCCCCUAGUGGGGUUAAAUGGAUCAAUGCAACAACAGUAAAAAUACAAAUACACGGGGGUGCAGAACAGACCUUGCCAUCAGCAACGAGCCCUACACCACAACCCUGCAUCACAACAGCAACACAGGACAACAGUUUUCUAUCUACGUUUUCUAUAUCUAUAUCCAGUAGAUUGAAGCUAAAAGGGUCAUUUUCUUUCAGGGAGUGUUGAUCAAAAGAAAGCAAACAUUUCAAUAUAGUUAUUUACAGUGAAGGUUUUGGUCACAUGAUAUUUACUUGCAACCAAAACGUUUUUUUCCCAGGUUUUUUACGUGCCAUUUUCCCUAAUGUUGUUAUUUCUCUGGCUCUAUUAUUCUUGGUGUAUUGAUGUAUUGAAACCACAAAAAGGACUGUUUUUGCUCACUAAGAACUCAAAACAUUACAGCCCUCCGACACACUUUGGGGCAAAACAAUCAACCAACUUAAAAUGGGGCCACAUACAAGCAACCCUACUCCUCUUCUUCCAUUAGGAGUUAGUUCAUAUUUCUAACGUUUUGUUUACGGGCGCUAUACUUUACCAAAGCCCGUAGGUCACCUACAAGAUGGAGGGUGUCCGCUCAGUACCAAAAGUGAGGCAACAACUUUUACUGUAUGUGUGUGACGUGAAUGAACACUUGUAAAGGCAGUCUGUGGUUGAUCCUGUGUUGGGGUGGGGUGAACAUCUCACUCUCUCUCACCGUACUCACUCUUGUGUUGACCUUCCAGGUCUGAGAGAAAAUUAGUGAAGUAGGGAUGGUAACACCACCUAUACCAUACUUUGGCCGGUCCAGCCCAGAACUGCCCACUAGGCCUGGUGCCUUUACUCCUUCUUUGAAAAAGGCCAUGAGAAAAUGGGAAGCUUUUUGGGAGAUUUCUUUAACUCCAAAAUCAGUCCUUUAGCACUGCACUCACUCCAACUGGGCAGGCACAUCACUCUAUGGGCUUAAUAAGUAGGAAGAAACUGUGUGAUUGACAGGUGGCAGAGGCCAAUCCACUGGUGCAGCUAGCUGAUUUGGUUAUGUGGACCUGUCUAACCCCACCCACUCCACUUCCUCCUGAU